UUCAAAUUUUUCUCCUUUUUCAUCUCGAACACGAUAUCUGUUGGGGUUAGCCUUAUUCUUUACAAGAUCAACCUGGAGAAUUUCAUCAGAGUAGUUGGGAAGAUAUCCUUUUGAAAAAAUAUUCUUGUUCCGACUCAUGCGUACGUAAUCAUCUUUUUGGAAACGUGUCUUCUUAUUAUUCGGGUUGACACCUAUUUUUCCAUAAAAUUUUUUCCUAAUUUUUCGAGCAUUUUUAAAACUAAUAUCCACAGGUCUCAAGCCUCCUAGUGCGCGACUUUUUGAGUGAUUUAUUGCAUCCACAAUUUUAUGUAGAGCUUCUGUCCAUUUUAAAGUAUGUUUUUCGCUCAUGUAUCUAUAAAGCCUUUGUUUUAUAUUACGAAUGCAACGUUCAGCUAAAGAAGCUUUGACUGUUGAAGCAUUAGGUGUGAACUUCUCAAUAUCCUUUUGUUUAAAAAACUCCAUCAUUUCUUUGCUUGUAAACUCUGUACCCUUGUCACUAAAUAUUCGGUGGGGUAGCAUUUCCAUUCUUUGUAAAAUAUUUUCGAAUGCUGGGACAAUGUCCUUUGAUUUUUUGGUUCGUACUGGUUCAGCAAAAACCCGUUUGCUCAAAACAUCAAUUGAAACAAGUGCAUAA